AUGGAAGGUGGUCGCGGCGUCUCUUCAUCGAAUCUGCACAUUUUGGACCGGCCGCUGAGCCGCGGGAAGAGCGAAGUAAGUCUCAGCGUCUUUUCCUUCCUCUUUUCCGAGAUGGUCCAGUAUUUCCAAGGCCGCGUGCAAAAUAUCUCGGACCUCGAGAACCGACUUGAUGUUGCUGGGUUUGGCGUCGGUGUCCGCGUCUUGGAGAUCUUGGGUCACCGCGAAAAGGCGGGACGGCGUGAAAUCCGGUUACUGGCCAUGCUCCAGUUCAUCGUGUCCAACUGCUGGAAAGCGCUGUUCGGCAAAGCUGCCGAUGCGCUGGAGCGCAGUACCGAAAACGAAAACGAGUACAUGAUACACGAGCUCGAGCCUCUGACGAACAAGUUCGUGUCGGUGCCGCCUGACCUCGGGCAGCUUGACUGCGCGGCGUACAUUGCAGGCAUCGUGCGUGGUAUUCUAUGCAGCAGCGGCUUCCUGGCAGAUGUUACGGCGCACACAGUCGAAGUUCCUGGUGGCCAGCGGAACAAAACGGUGUUCCUGGUCAAAUUUAAUGAAAGUGUGAUCCACCGCGAGCGUGCUUUGACGUAG